AUGAUGCCGCAAAUCAACGUCGCACGAAUCGUUGAAUUCGGCAAGCCCUUGGAGGCCGGCAAAGCAGACAAGCCAGUGCCCGGAUUGAAAGACGUACUUGUCAAGGUCGAGGCGUGUUGCCUCGUGCCAAACUCUUACAAUCUUGUCAAAACUGGAGGCGGGGAAGGCUUCGCUCUUCCCCAGCUGCCGUGUGUCUUUGGGCUGGACGCCUCAGGCGUUGUAGAAGCGGUUGGCGACCACGUCCUCGGCCUCAAACCUGGAGAUCGCGUCUAUGUGGAUCCAUUGCUAACCUGUGAAGAUGCUAGUGAAAUUACCGACUGGAUUCACAAACAGACGGGCGGCCUCGGGCCAGAUGCCCUUUACGAUUGUCUGGGUAACGGCGGUGAUGCAAAUAUGACAAGCAUUUUAGUCAACACUUUGAAGAAGGGUGGUCGAGCAGUGUUAGCAGCAGGAGCCGAGCUGGGAAAAAGAUAUGCUGAGCGAAGAUGUACCGCGUUUGCUGUAAUUCUGAAAGAAGCACAUACCAUACCUCGAGGUCCAAGCUCGCGGCACGGAAGUCUCGCUGUAGGAUGUUUGUCGAGUGACCAUCCAGAUCCGGCCAGCAUGGCAUUACUCAUUAUCCUUCUAUUACUCGUUCUGGAUCUCCUUCUUAUACCCCAAUAUGAGAUCUCUUCCUAA